AUGGGUUGUGUAGCCUAGAAAAAAAAAGUGGAAAAAUAGAUAUAUCGAAUGGAAACCUAAAUAAAGAAAUUGGUUUAAUAGAAUGAAGAGAUGACAAAUUAAAUAAAUACAAUGAGAGAGUAAGAAUAAUUGUUAUCAUAACUUUGUGAAUAAAGAUCUGAAAGAUAAGUAUUUACUUAAUAAUCUAUAGAGAAUAGAUUUGACUGCUUUGACAGAUGAAUUAAAUAAUAGAUUUGAAAAGUUGAGAAAUGAUUUAAAAUAAAUUGAUAUUAUUUGUGAGGAAUAGAAAUAGGCAAAAUUAAAAGAAAUGUUAGAAUGGAAGAAUGUAAAUAAUAUAUUAAUUAUAAUAGUUAUUUGAUAAAUUAGAUAAUGUUUCAAAGAAUAAUUUAUCUCAAAUAUCAGAAGAAGAUGAAUAUUGA